AUGGAGUUCCCAUUCAAUCGGAGUUCACAGAGUCGGUCUAUCCCCACGACUUCCAACGGACGAACCCUUUCCUCGUCAUGGCGCUCGAUCUUCCGUCGAAGGAGACCGUCAGCAAGUAGCACUGAAGCAUUUUAUCCAACACGAUACCCAAGGUCAGGUCCACUUGAUCAACAACAUAUGGUGUCAUAUAAACAGAGCUACUUGCCUCAACACCAAGCACUCGGCCGUUCGAGUUCGAUCCUAUCUUGGUCCCCAUUCCGCAAGAAGGACCGGAUCGAGACUGAUUCUCUGAAUCUAACAGCUGGAGACGUUUACCAAAAGCGGAAAGCGGAAAAUUCUACCAUACCACACCUAUAUCCCAGCCGAUCUAAAACCAUUGACACCCGCACGCAAAUAGCUACAAUUACUCCUGUACUGCGUUACCCUACGGAUAAGUGGCCUGACACUCAUCACAAUUUCCAGCAGGUGGACUUUCAGUCGCCAAUAGGCCCUGAAGAAGCAUCGGAGGCUAUAUUUACACUCACCGAGCCACCCAACCCGGAAGCGAGGAUCACGGUUCAAUAUUCGCCUCGGAAAAGUUCAUGGGAUCGCACAGAGCGACGGAUGAGUCUCGAUGCUAGCGUACCUAUUAUUGGGGAUCUUGCUGAACAUGACUCGGACAAGAGAAACGAAGUUUUCGCUCGGGUUGAUGCCGAGGGGUGGAAUCAAAGUAUUCCCAAGCAAUGGGUCGACAAUGGAUUUAGCGAAGAGGGUGCCAAAACAACGGCAAGCCGAAGCCUUUAUUCUGGCGAUGACUCUGGAGAUUCUCAGAAUGGAGGGCAAGUUGAGCAAGCAAUGUCAACGCUGCAAACAAAAGUCGAACCUGAGCGCCGAUCUGAAUCUUCUUCGAAGGCGACCUCGAGGCUUGCGAAAACCUCAAAUCCUCGUUUCGUUUUUGAAGAUUGCGACGAUGAACCAGAGCAACGAAAAACGCAGUGUGGAUCUCACGAGGAUCAAGUCUGGUGGCAAAAUCUUACAAAACCCCUCUGUCUAUGUUCCACUCCAUAUCAUCAGACCCAGGAAUGCCCAGCGAACCGCCUACCGCGUGCCAUAGAAACAGUGUCACAAUUCAAGAGAUCAGGCAAUAACACAGCACCUCAUCUUCGGAGUUUACUUCCCAGUGACUCCAGCCAGAGAAGGGAACUCAUCUUCUUGAGCAAGAGUUAUGAUGCAACAAGGUCUUCUACAAUUCCACCAUGCUUGUUACAAGAAUCUAGGAUGUCACCGCAGAAUAAAGCUCGCAGAGCGGUGGACGAGUUCUUCAACGUCGCGGACACGGAGUCGUUGUGUCCACCUCCACUUAGACCCAGACACGAGGAAUCGAAUUGUGACCAAAGUCGCAAACCCAAUAUUGAAGCCAACCGUCAGACUACGAUCCAUCAGUCAGAUAAAAGGUUGCUGAUGUCACCGGGCAACGUGCGUCUAGUGCCUGUCAUCUCGGAGUUGCAUGUGGAGGGGGAGGUCACUGGGUCGCCUGACACGUCAUGGGAGAGUAUUCAGUGCGCGGGGGAAGAAGAGAUAGGUCGGUACGACAGCAACCCUGAGACUCAAGUUGAACCGUGGACAACCGCCAACAGUGGACCCAAGCAUACCAACGACUCUAUAAGAAAUCCAAUGGGGCCAAACCAACGAUCUGAUUUUGUUGGAAAUGAGCUGGAACAGAAUCCCAACGAUAUUCUGGAUCUAUAUUUCACCGAGGACGAGGCUGAAGGCGAUUCUGGGUACGCCACCAGCCGACAGCUGAGCCUCAAGGACUGGGGUAAAGGAACGAGCCCGGAACCAGAAGACAGCGACCAAGCUCCUACAACGGCUCUGCGAUACCACAAUCGCAACGGAUGUCCCUUUCCGCCUCGUAUCCCACUGGCCCAGGCUUCGAGGGGGAUGCCGGACUGCCGAAGAGAUCAUGGUGGGACGGAGGACAAGCCAUGGCAGCACGAGGAAUCAACAUUGUCGACAAGGACAGUAACAGCAACGCCAGUCACUCAUCUCAGACCCUCGGUCCUGCGACAGCACGCUCUCUUCUCAGGAGAUCACCCACAAAGCCCUGGUAGCCGGAGAUGGAACGGAAGUGUGGGAGAAAGGAGGGAAAUCAACUCCGGUGCAAGGCUGCCAGUCACCCACAUCGAUGAAUUCGGUAAUACCUGGAUUUGA